UGGGGAUGGCUUUGUGUUCUGUAACAGCUGUAGAAGGGGAAUCAAAAUGGGAAAGAGGCCCUGCAAAUGAUGUGGUAAUUGCAUUUAUUGAGAAAUUGGUUGAUCCAAGGUUGCCCUAUAAGUUCUCCAUUAACGACCCUCCUUCCGAAGAGGCACAUAAAUCUAUUGCAAGACAGAUGCAUGCAGUUGUUUUGCUUUACAACUACUACCACAGGAAACAGAUACUGGAGUUCAAGUUUCUUGAUUUUGUAUCCUUCUGUAUGCUGGCUUUAUCACUGAGGCCAACUUUGAAACCAUUUCUGGAAACCACAUUUCUGGAAACCAUAUGUGGAAGUGAAGUCGUGGUUUUAAAUGGUUCUGAUGUUCAUCUCUCAUUGACCGAGAGAGCUGUCAAAUGUGCAUGUGAUAUAGCUUUAUCGUUAGAUGCAUCAAAGGAUACUCCAAGCAUAGAAGGAUAUCCAAUAUCAACGGUUGCAGUCUUGUUGAUUGACUUGGAGAAAAAAAAUUGCAUGCUUCAAUUGGAUUCUGUCACUGAAGGCGUGUGGUCACUUGUUGAAAAAGAGAUUGACGUGUUUGGUACAGAUGAAGAUAUAAGAGUAGGUGAGAAGAGGAAAGUGAAGGAUCAGCAGCCAUUGACUGGUCAUGCUAAGUUUCUGCAGAUCGGUUUUGAUGCUGUGAAGGACGUCGCAGGCAUCGAAGUGUCUGACCUUGUCGUGUUGGAGGCUCAUGUUGUGUAUUCAUUAAGCAAGGAGAAGUCAGCUACUCAGUUUUAUAUGAUGGAGUGCAAUCACUUGUUUGACAAAAACAAGAAUUAUGAUCUCGAUUCUCUUGUUGAGAGUUUGCAGGGCCCUUUUGUAGAAAAUUAUCUUGAUUCUUUGGUGACUACCUCACUCGUUGAGUAUCAUCGCUUGCUUCCUUAUGCAGAGUUGAUCUCUAGCUGGCUUCCAAGGAAAGAUUCGUCAGUGCCUAUUCUAAGCGACAUUGUUACUGAGAUCGUCAAGAACAAGGAGGCAGAGAAAACUGCUAAGCCUCGUGUAGAAAACAACGCUCAAGACUUGGAUAACAGUGACGGCAAAGCCUCUCAAAGGAAACGCAAGAGUAUUUCUGGUGGCAAAGAGCAAAUUUCCGAUAAUAAAGAUAAACUUGGGUGUGCCACCGAUGUGCCUGAGACCAGACGUGAAAGUGUUGAUAAAGGCAGUGAAAACAACCACAUGAAAGGUCCCUUGUCUGGCCAUUCAAGACGGAAGUCUCAACGUGCAGCUGUAGAUGCUUGUGCCUCGCGACAGACAAAAACUGCCACCGACUUUUUCAAUAUUUCCGUUCCAAGUGAGGGAAGAGAGAAGAAGAACGCAAGCAUGAGAAGUGAUUAUCAGAAUAACAACACUCCCUCUCCACAGGUUGAUGCAACAAAAACUGCCGCCGACUUUUUCAAAAUUUCCGUUUCAAGUGAGAGAAGAGAGAAGAAGACGAAUGCAAGCGUGAGAAGAGAUCAUCAGAAUAAGAACAUUCCCUCUCCACAGCUUGACGCAACAAAUGAUCCUGAAAAUGGUGCCAGCUCGAAGGCGGUGAAAACUACGGAUCGUUUGAAAUCAAAUGAUGGUCGGACGAGCAAGCAAAGCGGUGGUGUUGCAGUAGAAAAGAACUGCAGGGAGGUUCAAAGUGAGGCACUGAAUGAUGGUCUGUACAAAGAGGAGAAGUUAAUAUGGGAGACGAGCAAGCAAAGCGGUGCUGCGGUAGUAGAAAACUACAGCAUGGUGGUUCAUAGUGAGGCACGGAAUGGCGCUGAAGUAAACAAUGUAACGCAUUCAGAAGAUCCUCAGAAUGCAUUGGCACUUCUCAAUUGGAAAAAACAACAACUGUUUUCUCGCCUCUGCACUAUAGAAGACACACUAGCACUAUACGAGCAUGUUUCUGAUCGCGUGAGAGAUGGUGGUGAAGCUGGUUUUGCUCGUCAGUGUAUCGAAAAUAUCAUGAAUGGGAAAUAUAACUUGCUGCUGCAGGUUGAAAAUUCCACCAACUCUCAACCUCAAAAGCAAACCAGAAAUCCCAAAAUCUAUCUCCCUAGGAUGUCAUGAUGUCAAGAUUUGGAAUAUGUAUGUCGCAUGAACAACUGGAGGCUGCCGAGAUUCAUGGUGCAACCUUCCGAUGGUAAGUUCCUGGCAAAUGUGACCGUGUAUUGCAGAGAUAAUACUACUCUCACUUCAGAGGGCGAUGCGGGGCCCACGCCUCGUGAGGCUCGGGAGUCUGCGGCCACCAAAAUGAUCGAGAAAAUACGAGCGUGCUACUGAUUGAAGCUCUCUAGUUACUCUCUGAUGACAAGAUAGUUUUGCUAACAGUUUAACUGACAGAAUUGUGCACAA